GGAAGUGACUUGGCAGUGAUGUGAAACUCCCAUUGAUUGAUCUCGCUACACUCCCCACUGACUAGAGAAAACACUCGAUAGCGGACGCGAGAGGGGAUUUAAAUUGGACAAACACGGUCCAUCUCUACUUGACGGAUAAGGUAUCUCAUCGCAUUGCAUUAGAAGAAGAGCUUUGAAUGACACAGAAAGCAUUCGCGGCAGCGGGUCGUCAUUAGAGGAAACUGUCUGGAUAGAGGCACUCGGAGAAGCGGUCUGAAGAGGGAGGUUCCUGCCCGUCUCUGGACGUCCAUCUCUCCCUCAUCACGUCUAUCCACCACCGCCCUCCUCUCCCCCAGCCAUGGACCCCCCGAGGACUCGAUCGCGGUCUCGGUCUGGCUUCUAUCAUUUCGGGAUGAGCGGCAGCGUCGGGAACAACGGCGGCGGCAACGCGGUCGGCACCGGGAGCCUGAUGAGCGCCAGCGGAGGAGGCGUGAGCUACGCGCAGCAGAGCAACCCCGGCUGGGCGCCACACCACGGUGGCCGGAGCUACCCGGAGAGCCAGCAGCAGCAUGCCCAGGGGAGCUACCUGUCUGCAGGGGCGCAGCGCCACUCCUCGCACGGAGCUCACAGGCACCCAGGGGCCGGAGGAAUGCUACAUUUCCAUCCAGAUAAUGUGUGCAGUGAGGAUCGAGACAAAAUGGAGGACAGUCCUAGCCCAAAAAGGCAGCGUCUCUCCCAGCAGUCCAUGUUGGAUCUAAACUCUGGCCCUCCCUCUACUCCUUCCUCUCCCAUUCGCCCGUGGGAGCUUCCUCCCAGCCGCAGACAGCAUCCACACUAUAUGCCAGAGAGAUGCCACACACCUGUUCGCAACCGACGAAGCCCUCCAAUGAGACGCCAGCGUGGCCGACGAGACCGUCUGACUCGCCACCACCACCACCACGCACAAAACAACCAUCACUUCAAUGGCAACAGCAACCACCACCAUCACCACCCCAAUGCGCACCAUCAUCACCACCUCCACUCCCACCACGGCCCAUCACCGGUCCACCAGGAUGAGAACUACCGCCAUCCUGCUCCUCUUCAGGGCUACCCCCCUUAUAGCCAGCAGCCUCCCAGAGGGCCGGGGCCCGGCUCAGAUGAGCGGCCAGGUUAUCAUCCUCCAAACCCGUCCCCAAGGCCUCUCCAUCAGUCGCCCAACCUUUCCCCGCGGCUUCUGCAUCCUGCGGCCCAUCCACAACACCCACACCCAUCCCAGCAGCAGAGCAGCGUGGUGCUAGAUCUUCAUGAGCAGGGAUCAGCUCCAGUAUCGUAUCCGGUGUCUCCUCCGGGAGCGCCACCCAGCCUGCCUCCUCGCUCUGCCCCUCAGCAGAUCCCAGCAUGCUCGGUGGUUUUCAGUGGACAACACUAUCCAGUGUGCAGCGUCCCUCCCCCUGUCAUUCAGACUUGUUCAGUACAACACUUACCCAUGCCUUACCCAUUCCCAUCGCUGCUGUCCAGUGACCCAGCCUUCCUGCUCCCCCCUCCUCACCUCCCCCAUCCCCCAGCGCACCUUUCUCACCACCCACCUCACCUGCCUCAGCCUGGACAGUUUGGACCCUAUCCAGCACAGCAGGCGCGAUCUCCACUACAGCGGAUAGAGAAUGACGUGGAGCUGCUAGGAGAGCACCUGUCCUUGGGUGCGGGGCUCCACUAUCCCCCCGCUGCCCACCCUGCUCUCACCCCACACUCCACACAGCUUCACUUUCUUUCCCAUGACCCGCUGCCACAGGAGUUCUUUGGAGUGUCCUAUCCUAACUUCAUUCCUCGGCGUCUCCCUGGGCGACGGUACCGUUCUCAACAGCCACUGCCACCUUCGCCUUACCACCCCAGCCUCCUGCCUUACUUCCUAUCUAUGCUGCCAGUCCAGCCGACAGGUCCUGCAAUAAGUCUAGAGCUGGAUGUAGAUGAUGGAGAAGUGGAAAACUAUGAGGCCCUCCUGAACCUCGCUGAACGCCUGGGAGAGGCCAAGCUCCGAGGCCUGACCAAGGGAGACAUUGAACAGCUUCCUUCGUAUCGGUUCAAUCCAAAUAACCAUCAGUCGGAACAAACACUGUGUGUGGUGUGCAUGAGUGAUUUUGAGUCCCGCCAGCUGCUGCGAGUCCUGCCCUGUAGCCAUGAGUUCCACGGGAAAUGUGUGGACAAAUGGCUGAGGGCCAACCGGACGUGCCCCAUUUGUAGGGCUGACGCCUCAGAGGUCCAGAGAGACUCUGAGUGACCACAUGAGGGAGCCAGACAUCCCUCAUUGACCUGACCUGUUCAGCACUGCCUGCUCCUGUAGUAUUGAUACACACGUGCAUGCACACACACACAAACACACGCUCACGCACACACUGUGUCAUUAUCUGUGCAGCACUUUCUGUUCUUUUAUUGCCCUCUCAUUCUUUAUCCUGUCUCCUUUUCAUGAACUUCAAGUGAUUUCCUCUUUUUGUCUUAUUCUUACAUGAAUGCACCUUGCUGAUCCUUGGUGAACGACAACCUAUCUGACCUACCAACCUGCCGUGGUGCACGUGUGUGUGUGUGUGUGUGUGUGUGUGCGUGUGUGAGCGUGCGUGCGUGUGUGCACACACACAGCAACUGUGCAAGUGUUGUUUGAGUCCUGUAACGCGGGGCUGUGGUACAUGACUGUGUCUUUUCAGUGUGUGCGGGUGUGAGAGAGGUUUUUAGAUAUCCUGGAGCAUGCCUGAGAUUCUGUUGUGUAUCAGACAAGAAUAACGACAACCGAGAGUUUUUUUGCUCUCCUGAGUGACUGAAUAUACUUCCCGUUUGUACGUUAAUGCACUGUCUGUCUGUAUGCAUACUCUGUUUGUAUGUUAUAGACUUUAUUCCUUUUUCUUGUGUAACACUAAGGGUCCAUGUGGUGCCACUAUACUUCUGUUUCUUAUUGGAUUAGUUUGUUUUAGUACACUAUUAUUAUUAUUAUUAUUAUUAUUAUUAUUAUUAUUAUUAUUAUUAUUAAUAUUAUUAAAAGUGAUUGUUUUCCUGCCUGGCAGUUACCUCAUCAUUCCGGUUUUGGUCAUCAUUCAUUAAAAGCGCUUCACAGCACUACUUUGAAAUUAAGCACAGAAUAUGUAUAAUUUUUUUCUUUUCCUGUCUGUGACUUUGCAGUGGCACAUGUGUUGCAUAUAUACAUAUAUCUAUAUAUACUGUAUAAAUCUAUGAAUAUCCGUAUACCAAAUAAAAGGCUUGAUAUGAA